ACACACCACAUGGAGAGCGGUGAGUGCAUCAAAGUUUGUGGUUUGGACCCAAAGGCCCUCGGCAUCUCCUCCGACGCUCUCUUCGACUCUCACUCCACCCACAACCUCUGCUCCCCUCACUGUUACUACAACUGUUCCAACGUCGUCGACUUCUACUGCAAUAUCACGCCGCAGGCGAAGUUGCGUGAAGUAGAAGGUGCGAGCGCACAGCCAGCAAUGGCUGAACUGAGAAGCUCUCGAAUUGUGGUGCCUGGGCCUGUCAAGUCCGCGGCCACGGCUGAAACUCCUCAAUCCCAACCUCACAACUCUCUUCUUUUUUGCUGUCAACCAAUUGGUAGGUUCUCCACCAUGCGGCAAUUAGUUAUAUACAUGUUUCUGCUUUUAACGGUAUGCACCAAGCCAUAUAUAAAUAGAUAUUAUAUAAUGUACCGUGUUAGUUUGAGCACUUAGUAUGUAGUUUGCUCGGUUUGUGUAGCAAAGAAAAGGAAUUCACUACGGAUCUAACAAUGGAGGCGAAGUUGAGCGAUAGUAUAAGAACUAGAGAGGACAAGGCAAAUUCUAAGGAGCCACUCUUGUGUCUGGUGAGGGCGGAUAGUGCGCAGAUCAGGGAGAGAGAGGAAGGAAAGUAUGGGGGAGAUAGUGCUUUUUUUCCCCCCACCAGAAGAGAUAGUGUCUGAUGAUUAGGCGGCUGAGUUGGUGCAUUCAGUG